AUACAUACGUAUAUACACAUACACACAUAUACACAUUUUCAAUAACCCCAGUAACACCUCAAAGGAUACACAACCUACAGAUAUAUAUACCCAUACCAACAUACCCGUGCACCCGCACACACAUGAAAAUAUUGGACAAGAACACCCUAUCAAAUCUCUGCCUCCUCCCUGUACCCUGUAAAAACCAUAUCCUUAAGCCGCUUUUUAAACUGCGCCAUGCUUGGACAUUGCUUCAUAUCUUUACUUAGUCUGUUCCACAGCUUCACUCCACACACAGAGAUGCAAAAACUUUUUAAUGUUUGAAUGUUAAUGAUUCAAACUAGGUUACAUUCAAACGUUUUAUUUGUGAAUAUAUUGUUGGGGAAACCUAGUUUUCUGUUUGGGACAGGGAGAGAAAAAAGAGAAACAGAUGCUCCUGAGGUACUUCCUGCAGAGGUUUUAAGUGAGCUGCACAUUUGCAUGGUUCAGAUUAAAGUGUUUUCAGCGUGGAACUUGAUGUACUGAGCUACAUCACACACUGAGGUUUCUGUGGUUGUUUUACAGCAGAGUGGCAGAAAUAUCAAUCAGAGGAUCUAAUGUCUUCUAAUCUGUGUAACAGCACAAAGCAUCACAUCAGUUUGAGACUGCAGGUGGAACAAAUACCAGGAGCCUUCCCACGUCUGCAGAGAACUAGAGCUAUCAACAACUAACCUUCACUUUAGCUUUCUAACUGUUGUGGAUUACAGAAGUGGUAACAAUACUAAUUCAUUAAUUCCACAUAGACCACAUUUUGAGCCUCAGCCAUGUGGACACAGCAGAGAAACUUCUUCUAUUUGGCCAUCGUCUCAUAUCUGUCUGCAUCUUCAGCUGCUGCAGAUGUCAGAUUAGCUGGGCCUCAGUCAGCUCGUUGCUCUGGAAGAGUUGAAAUCUUUUACAACAACAGCUGGGGAACAGUCUGUGAUGAUGGCUGGGACUUAAAUGAUGCUGAGGUGGUCUGCAGAGAGUUAAACUGUGAAACAGCUCUGAAUGCCACUAAGUCAGCUCACUUUGGUGAAGGAACAGGACAAAUCUGGCUUGAUGAUGUGUCCUGUUCAGGAAGUGAGAGAUCUGUGACUCAGUGUCAGCACAGAGGAUUUGGGAAACACAACUGUACACACAGUAAGGAUGCUGGUGUUAUCUGUUCAGGUGUGCCAGUCAAAUUAUCUGGAAGCACUUUGUGCUCUGGAAGAGUCGAAAUCUUUUACAACAACACUUGGGGAACAGUCUGUCAUGAUAACUGGGACAUAAAUGAUGCUGAGGUGGUUUGCAGAGAGCUGGGCUGUGGAACGGCACAGAGUGCUGCUGUAUCAGCCAGCUUUGGUGAGGGAAGUGGAUCCAUCUGGCUUGAUGAUGUGGACUGUUCAGGAAGUGAGAGAUCUCUGACUCAGUGUCAGCACGGAGGAUUUGGGACACAUGACUGUACACACAGUAAGGAUGCUGGUGUUGUCUGCUCAGUGAUCCUCCCAAAGCCCAGAAUCUUCAUGAUUCCUGCUGGUAAAGUUGAGCGCAGAAGCAACGUCAGCAUCACUUGUUCAAUAUCACCUAAAAGCCAACAGCUUCUACAAGGAGAAUUUACUCUGAAGCAGAUUUCAGGCUCAUUCAGUCAGAAAAAAACAUCAACUACCAACUCUGCUACAUUCAAGAUCCUCCAAGUAGAUUUUGACAAGGAUGGAUUGUACCAGUGUGAAUAUUCAUACAGCUCCAGCAUCUCCACAAGUGACUCUGUCAACGUCUCCGUUACUGGUAAUAAAAUGUACUAUUGCUUAUAUUACAGUGAUUAAGUGACAGGGAAAUACUGUUGUUACUCGUAACACCCACUACAGGUUAUUAGCAUGAUAUCACAUCUAUUAACAUAAGAACUAAAGUCUUUAUUUCAAUAGUUUAUCACUUAAUAACAGCAACACUCAAAGGUCACUCAUAAGUCACCUCUUAGAGGGUAUGAACCAAAAUCAAAACACACACUAAGUGAAUAAACAUCUUUAAUGUCUUGUCUGCAAAAGCUGAAAAUACCCAUAUUCACAAGUUUUGCUUUUGUGUCUGACUGGGAUCUCACCUGAAUGAACUUUAAUAGAUAAUUGCUAAGGAGAAGUGUUACACUUCACUAGGUCUAAAUAAAACAAUAUGCAAAACAAAAGGCCCGCCUAGCUGCUUGAAAAAAAAGGUCAAUGAAAACAUACAAAAGUGGCAUUAACUGCAUAACCCUACUGUCUGUAACAGUCAAACCUCUGGUGCCAGUGUAUGGGGUACGCCAAGCUUACCUGUCCAGCCUCCCACCAACACACUCUGUUUUACAUACACAGAAGCCUUCAAACAAAAGUUCCUCAAGAGUCAGAAGACGCUCAGCUGGCCAGGGAGCUGCUCUUUUGUAAUGAUCCCUGGCGAGUAAUUGGCCUACUGUGCUCAGACCAGCCAAUAGACACAUGCCAAUUAUCUUUGAAUUGGCCAGUAGGUGGAGGCUUGAAACCUGAAAGAUAAGAACAGCAGAAAAACAAAGCAGCGUAUCUUAGCAUGUAACACCCCCACCCAUUAAGAUCCAAUCGUAGGGUUUGGUAACAUGUCUAAGUAACACGGGAGAGUGCGUCUGCUACAAUGUUCUCUGAACCUUUUUUGUGACAGAUUUCGAGAACAUAAUUCUGAAUAAUCAGUGACCAACAAAUAAGUCGCUGGUUGUGAUUACACAUCCUAGACAGGAACACCAAAGGGUUGUGAUCCAUGAAAACUUGAACUGGAUUCGGACUUGCCUCUAUAUAAACUUUUCAAUGGUAGAAUACCUGAGCUGAUGUUUAUCAAACUUGCGAGAGAAUUAACUCACAGGAUGGUCAGUGCCCUGGUUAUCCUCCUGGAGAAGCACUGCUCGUGCCCCAACUGCGUUGGCAUCUAU